GCAGCCUGGUGUCCCGCCCUUAGCCGGCGGCCACGCGGAGCCCCGGGCCCACGCCGAGGAGCGGCUGCUGAAGAAGCUCUUCGCCGGCUACAACAAAUGGUCACGGCCCGUGGCCAACAUCUCGGACGUGGUCCUGGUCCACUUCGGCCUGUCCAUCGCCCAGCUCAUCGACGUGGACGAGAAGAACCAGAUGAUGACCACCAACGUGUGGGUGAAGCAGGAGUGGCGUGACUACAAGCUGCGCUGGGACCCCACCGACUACGAGAACGUCACCUCCAUUCGUGUCCCCUCGGAGCUCAUCUGGCGUCCAGACAUCGUCCUCUACAACAACGCGGACGGGGACUUCGCAGUCACCCACCUCACCAAGGCGCACCUGUUCCACGACGGGCGUGUGCAGUGGACGCCGCCCGCCAUCUACAAGAGCUCCUGCAGCAUCGACGUCACCUUCUUCCCCUUCGACCAGCAGAACUGCACCAUGAAGUUCGGCUCCUGGACCUACGACAAGGCCAAGAUCGACCUGGUGAGCAUGCACAGCCGCGUGGACCAGCUGGACUUCUGGGAGAGCGGCGAGUGGGUGAUCGUGGACGCCCGGGGCACCUACAACACGCGCAAGUACGAGUGCUGCGCCGAGGUCUACCCCGACAUCACCUACGCCUUCGUCAUCCGCCGCCUCCCGCUCUUCUACACUGUCAACCUCAUCCUGCCCUGCCUGCUCAUCUCCUGCCUCACCGUGCUGGUCUUCUACCUGCCGUCGCAGUGCGGCGAGAAGGUCACGCUCUGCAUCUCCGUGCUGCUCUCGCUCACCGUCUUCCUGCUGCUCAUCACCGAGAUCAUCCCGUCCACCUCGCUCGUCAUCCCGCUCAUCGGCGAGUACCUGCUCUUCACCAUGGUCUUCGUCACGCUCUCCAUCGUCAUCACCGUCUUCGUGCUCAACGUGCACCACCGCUCCCCGCGCACGCACGCCAUGCCCGCCUGGGCCCGCCGCGCCUUCCUCGACGUGCUCCCGCGCCUGCUCUUCAUGCAGCGGCCGUCCGUGGUCAAGGACAGCUGCCGGCGGCUCAUCGCGUCCAUGCACAAGUUGCCCGGCGGCCCCCGCUUCUGGCCCGAGCCCGAGGGGGAGCCCUGCUCUGGGAGCCGGGGCCCGACUUCCUCCCAGCCCUCCGACGGCCCCCCGGACACACCGGUCAAGCCCCCGCCCUCCAGCCCAGCGGCCUCGGAGCGGGCCUCUGCUCCACCACCCCAGGAGGUCCUGAGUGGCAGCCCGGGGCCCAGCGGUGCCCCUGCUGGCAGGGGCCUGACCAGAACCUGGUCCCUCAGCACCCAGCACGUGUCCCGUCCCGGGGAAGCCGUCGGGGGUGGCGUCCGCUGCCGUUCCCGAAGCGUCCACUGCUGUGCGCCCCGAGAUGGACAGCCCCAGGCCACGGGCCCUGUCACUGGCUCCCCAGCGCAGCUCCUGCCCCCAGACCCGCCCUGCGCGUGCACCUGCCGGAAGGAGCCGCCUGCACCCCCCGAUGCGGCGUUCCAGGCCUGGACCCCGUCGCUCUCGCCGGCCCUGACGCGUGCAGUGGAGGGCGUGCGGUACGUCGCCGACCACCUGAAGGCCGAAGACGCCGACUUCUCGGUGAAGGAGGACUGGAAGUACGUGGCCAUGGUCAUCGACCGCAUCUUCCUCUGGCUGUUUGUGCUCGUCUGCCUGCUGGGCACCGUGGGCCUCUUCCUGCCGCCCUGGCUGGCGGGCAUGAUCUAGUCGCGGCAGAGCCUGUU